AUGGAUGCAAAGUCCGAACCGAUGGUUCUGUGCAGAAUGAUAUCUCCCAUGUCGUACGUUGGUGGCGGUAUAAUAGUGGAACCACUGAAAUCUGUUAAGAUUGUGGAAGGAAACGCAACAUCCACCUUAAAACUAUCGUUCAGCUCACCGAGCGACAAUCUCAAUUCGCUACUGGAGAAGUUAGUGUACCGCAGCAUUGUUUACGACAUUGACAUCCGGGAUACCGUGGAAGUAAAACUGAUCGAUUUCAAUGUCGUCAUACAUAUUCAUGUACGCAAGAAGCCUCGUCCCAGGCUUUACAACUUGCAACAAAUGGACGAUAUCAGUAGAAAGGUAACUAUAGUAACAAAGACAUUUGAGCGUUACAACUGCAUAGAGACCCUCGUUCGCAGCGUGAAUACAUAUUAUCCUGACAUGCAGAUAAUAGUUGCCGACGAUUCAGAAGAACCACAGACAAUUGACGGGUUAAAUGUACUACAAUACAUCAUGCCAUAUAAGGAAGGAUGGUUCGCUGGUCGCAACCUCGUUCUGAGUCAAGUAAAAACAAAAUAUUUUGUGUGGGUGGACGAUGAUUUCAUUUUUACUGCUGACACAAAGUUAGAAAAUUUUGUCGAAAAAUUAGAGGACCCUCGAGUAAACUUGGACAUGAUCGGUGCGUUCUUCGAGGAUGUAAAUGGAACCAAAUAUAUCCAGAAUAUGUUCUUUAAAACAGUUGAGAUAGUUCCCGGGGACGAGGAUGGAAAUUGCAUGGCUAGGGGCCAGGGGUUUCAAAGAAAUAUUGAAGAGUACCCGCAAUGCAUGCUGGUUGAUUUGGUUACGAAUUUUUUUAUGGCGAAAACCCAGACAAUUAGGGCAAUAGGUUUCGACCCAGAAUUCGAGCGUGUCGGUCAUACAGAAUUCUUUCUUGAUGGGUUUGGCAGGAUGAGGGUAGCAAGUUGUAAGGAUGUGUUUAUACUUCAUAAAAGCGAAAACAGCGUGAAGUAUUCCAAGUUCAGACGCGGGUCUGUUGGUAGUCACAUUGACCUCGUGUAUGGCCAUGAACAAUACGUAAUGUUUAAAAACAAUUUAAAAUGUUAUCGUCUAGGAUGA